UGGUGGCUGUUAGCCUACAUCUGAGUGUGUAUGCGUGUGAGGGCUAUUUUAACAGCUGCUUUGACCCAGAUCACAGCAUCCAAACCAGAACACAAAUAUAGUUUCUGUGCACAUCACUUCAGCCUGAACUUUCAGCAUAGCAUCUUGACUGACGCAUCUCUGUGUUUGCAGUGUGUGACGUACAGUAGAUCCAGGUGUGUUAGGAUGCCAAUCCCCAAUCUUUCCGGGUAAACGGAGAACACUGUUCUGUCGUGUCACUGGAGAAGCAGCGCACACAAGCUGAAGAUCAAAUACAGCAUGGGAGCCAACAGAGCCAGCAGGUACAGCAUCGUGUCUCCCGAUGAGGAGGGACUGAAGAUCUCCACCCUCGGCCUCCACAACGGCCACGGCUCCGGACGGCUUCACUCCCCUGGAGCAGAGGCGGGCCCAAGCAUGGCAUCAGCACUGAUGAGGACUGGCUACAACGGGAAGAUCUCCACAUCAGGCCGCGGCCAGCUAAGAUCCCGCUUCGUAAAGAAGAACGGCCAGUGCAACGUGGUCUUCGCCAACAUGGACGACAAGCCAUGGCGGUACCUGGCGGACAUCUUCACCACGUGCGUGGACAUCCGCUGGCGGUACCUGCUGAUGAUCUUCUGCUCCACCUUCCUGCUGUCCUGGCUCGUGUUUGGCCUGAUCUUCUACAGCGUGUCUUUAGCGCACGGGGACUUCAGUCAAGAUCACGGAAGCAACGGAAAGCCGUGGAAACCAUGUUUGCUGCACGUCGAGGGUUUCGUCGGCGCAUUCCUGUUCUCAAUCGAGACCCAAACCACGAUUGGUUAUGGCUGGCGCUGCGUGACCGAAGAGUGUCCCAUAGCGAUCGUAACGGUGGUGGUGCAAUCCAUCAUUGGGUGCAUCAUUGACUCUUUCAUGAUUGGCACCAUUAUGGCCAAAAUGGCACGUCCGAAGAAGCGAAACCAAACCUUGAUGUUUUCAUAUAACGCAGUGAUUGCACUGCGAGAUGGAAAGCUGUGUUUAAUGUGGCGUGUCGGGAACCUUCGGCGGAGCCAGAUUGUUGAAGCCCAUGUCCGUGCACAGCUCAUCCGCCCCUACGUGACUGCGGAGGGCGAGUUCAUCCCGCUGGAACAGAUGGAUUUGAAUGUGGGCUACGACGACGGGACAGACCGCCUCUUCCUGGUGUCGCCACUAGUAAUUGUGCAUGAAAUCGACGAGGACUCGCCGCUUUGGGGAAUGAGCCGUGCGGAUCUCGAGUCUGAUGAUUUCGAGAUCGUAGUGAUCCUGGAGGGAAUGGUGGAGGCGACAGCAAUGACUACGCAAACGCGUAGCUCGUACCUGUCCCGCGAGAUCCUGUGGGGUCACCGCUUCGAGCCGGUUAUCUUCGAGGACCACGACCGCUACCAGGUCGAUUAUGCGCACUUCCACAAGACCUACGAGGUUCCCUCGACACCCGCCUGCAGCGCUAAGGAACUGAGUGAACUGACUGGGCGCCGCUCAUCCGGGACGUCCCGCUCCGUGACUCCAGACAGCCGGAGCCGCGCUCAGACGCUACACCCACCGCACUCGCCCAGCGACUUCUGCUACGAGAACGAGGUGGCGCUGUGCUGCGGAGAGUACGAGGAGGACCAGAAAAUGUUCCAGGAUUCGGCCACAAUGACCUCCGGAAAUAACAUGCUCUGUGUAUUAGACAUGGACAAUCAGAUCGAGUUUGACAUCCUGCAGACUGCCAUCCCACUCGACCCCAUGACUUAUAAGAGAUGUUCUUAG